AUGUUCCUGAGGCGGCAUCUCAUCGCGGGAGAAGGGAUGGGGUUGGAGGACCUGGGACAGCAGCCACAACCUGAAGAUGAAAAUACUCCACAGAGAAGAGUUGACAAGAUUUUUGAUCAAAUGGACAAAAAUCAUGAUGACCGGCUGACCCUGGAAGAAUUCCGAGAAGGGAGCAAAGCAGACCCGAGGAUAGUUCAGGCGUUAUCUAUGGGUGGAGGGGUAGAACAUCCCAAGCCGCCUCAGGAGCAAACAGCUCAUCAGUAG